CUAUUUGCCAAUCGUUACUCGUAUUUCUAACCAAUUAUUACAAGAUCCCGUCUUUCGUUUUCUUCUGGAAAAGUCAGCCGUGUACUUGAGUGUCUUUUACUGUCAGAACAUUUCACUGUUAAAGAGAUUAAAGAAAGAUGUUCGGGUCAGGGGCUGCUUCGAUCGUAGUUUUAAGUCCAAAUACCAAACGGGAUACCGGCCGGAAAGUACAGAGAGAAAAUAUUCAAGCCGGAAAAGCUAUUGCAGAUGUUAUUAGAACAUGUUUGGGACCCCAAGCAAUGUUAAAAAUGUUGAUGGAUCCAAUGGGAGGUAUAGUUAUGACCAAUGAUGGGAAUGCUAUAUUACGUGAAAUAACAGUACAACACCCUGCUGGAAAAUCAAUGAUAGAAAUAGCUAGAACUCAAGAUGAAGAAGUUGGAGAUGGUACCACAUCGGUUAUUGUAUUGGCAGGAGAAAUUUUAGCUGUUGGUGAACCUUUCCUUGAACAGAAUAUGCAUCCAACAGUUAUAAUAAGAGCAUUUCGGCAAGCUUUAGAAGAUAUGGUGACCAUUCUGAAUGAACAGAUCAGUGUGGAUUUAGAUCGCAAUGAUAGAAGCAAAUUAAUCCAGGUUAUAAAUUCUUGUGUUGGAACUAAAUUUAUUGGUCGUUGGUCUGAGUUAGCAUGUCAGAUUGCUUUAGAUGCAGUUAAUACUGUAAUGCUUGAGGAAAAUGGCAGAAGGGAAAUAGAUAUAAAGCGUUAUGCAAAGGUAGAGAAGAUUCCAGGUGGCAGUGUUGAAGAUAGUACUGUCCUUAAGGGAGUAAUGUUCAGUAAAGAUGUUACCCAUCCAAAAAUGAGACGUUAUAUUAAAAAUCCAAGAAUAGUUCUUUUGGAUUGUUCCUUAGAAUAUAAAAAGGGUGAAUCACAAACUAAUAUAGAAAUAAUGAAAGAUACAGAUUUCACCAGGAUUUUAGAAUUGGAGGAGGAAUAUGUUAAAAAAAUAUGCGAAGAUAUUAUUGCUGUAAAACCUGAUGUAGUGAUCACGGAAAAAGGAGUAUCAGAUAUAGCCCAACAUUAUCUUGUGAAAGCUGGAAUUUCUGCUAUUCGAAGAUUGAGAAAAAGUGAUAUUAAUAGAAUUGCGAGGGCUUGCGGGGCUACUGUUGUUAAUCGUACGGAAGAAUUACGAGAGGAAGAUAUUGGUACCAAAGCUGGUCUUUUUGAAGUCAAGAAACUUGGAGAUGAUUACUUCUGCUUUAUUACUGAAUGUAAAGAUCCUAAAGCAUGUACUAUAAUUUUGAGGGGUGCUAGCAAAGAUAUACUAAAUGAAACUGAAAGAAACUUACAAGAUGCUCUUCAUGUUGCCAGAAACCUUCUUAUUGAACCUAAAUUAGUACCAGGUGGAGGUGCAGUAGAGAUGGCAGUAUCAAGACUUCUGACAGAAAAAGCAGGAAGGCUUGCUGGUGUGGAACAGUGGCCGUACAAAGCUGUAGCACAAGCACUAGAAAUAAUCCCAAGAACUCUUGCACAAAACUGUGGAGCAAACACAAUUCGAACCUUAACUGCAUUACGUGCAAAGCACGCUACUGGAGGAGUGACAUGGGGUAUUGAUGGAGAAACUGGUCAAUUGGUUGAUAUGAAAGAACGUGGUAUUUGGGAGCCUUUAUCUGUGAAGUUACAGACAUAUAAAACCGCUAUCGAAACUGCCAUUUUAUUGCUAAGAAUUGAUGAUAUUGUAUCAGGAAGUAAGAAGAAGAAAUCAGAUAACGAGCCUACUCCACCUGCACAAGUUUCAGAAGAAUCCAUGAAGGAGUAGAAAUGUUUAAUUUAUAUUGCACUUAAAAAGCUUUUAUUUGUGUUAACAUUUAAUAAUUCAUGCCCACGAUAGUUUUAUUAAAACAUAAUUCAUAUU